AUGGAGACAGAGAAGUCUGAGCUCAAGCUGCCUGUCAGUUCGGUUUCCGGUAUCGCCAAGUACCCUGUGUUACCAGAGAAGCGGAAUCUGAAGCUCCUGAAGAGCCAGAACAUCAAUGUGAACUGGUACAUGUACUGUCCCGAGGGCUCCGUGAUUUUGCUCUCCACCACAGUGCUUGGAAAUGUGCUGCAGCCCUUCUACUUCCGGGCUGGCACCAUGUCGAAGCUGCCCAAGUUUGAGACUGAAUUACCAGCUGCCCCAAAGUCAACUAAACUGAGCCUCUCGGAGAGAGACAUUGCCAUGGCGACAAUAUACGGCCAGCUGUACGUUCUCUUCCUGAGGCAUCAUUCGCAGGCCUCCAACAGUGCUGGAGCAGAGGUGGUCCUGUAUCACCUCCCACAAGAAGGUGCCUGUAAAAAGAUGCACAUAUUGAAGUUAAACCGGACGGGGAAGUUUGCCCUAAAUGUGGUGGACAACCUGGUCGUGGUUCAUCAUCAGGACACAGAAACAUCGGUUAUAUUUGAUAUCAAGCUGAGGGGGGAAUUCGACGGCUCUGUUAUUCUGCAUCACCCGGUGCUCCCAGCUCGAUCCAUCCAGCCCUAUCAGAUCCCCGCAGCAGUGUUGACAGAGUCAGACAGAGCGACGUUGUCCGUGAUAGCCACCAUCUUUGACAAACUCAACCAGGAGUAUAAGAAGUACCCGGACACUGAGCAGUUACACAAUCACCCAAGCCCUUCUGGAGUGGUCCUGUUCUUGGCGCUGGUGUUCCGGGCCGAGGCAGCAGCAGGUCUGAUCUCGGAGGGCAGUCUCUGCUCACAGCAUCUAGGAAUUUGGUCUUUUUGGAUUGACUGCAAACAUGCCGUUAUCCAGAAGACGACUGAGAUCCUGUCUGUGGUUUGUGUGCAGGCCAUGGAGGCGGGGCAGAGCCGGAGUGGCCCGCUGCUCAGGAGGCCGGUGCGCACCCAGGCCGUGGUCGACCACUCGGACAUGUACACCCAUGUUCUGUCGGUGUUCACGGAGAAGAAGGAGACGCCGCACAAAUUCGUGAUCGCUGUGCUCAUGGAGUACAUCCGCUCCCUAAACCAGUUUCAGAUCACAGUACAGCAUUACCUACACGAGCUGGUCAUCAGGACACUCGUCCAGCACAGCCUCUUCUCCACGCUGCACCAGCUCCUGCAGUACCAUGUCCUCAGCGACUCCAAGCCUUUGCGACUUUCCACAGCAAAUGAUGAAAUAGUAGAAGUUCUCCUUUCCAAACACCAAGUGUUAGCUGCCUUAAGGUUCAUCCGGGGCAUUGGUGGCCAUGAUAACAUCUCUGCGUGGAAGUUUCUAGAUGCUGCAAAGCAGAGUGAAGACCACAUGCUUUUCUACACGAUAUUCCAGUUUUUUCAACAGCGCAACCAGCGUCUGCGAGGGAACCCUAGUUUCACACCAGGAAAACACUGUGAAGAACAUGUCGCUUUUUUCAAACAAGUUUUCGGAGACCAAGCUCUAAUGAGGCCUACAACGUUCUGA